AUGGGUACCCUUUGUUCAAAACCCAGAUUCGCAGCGGUUACAAAACCCACAAGCUUUCUCAAAUUCACUCCUCCUGAAGAACGGUCACUUGUUGAACAAUUUAUCCUUGAGAAGGCCGAUCAUAAAUUUGUUUUAUCUGCUUUCGGGACCACAGAGCCUAAUAAGUGGGAUCUUGAAAAAUUGUCUAGGGAACUGAAAAUACCAGUCAGGCCUCUCGAAAAACUCUUUAGAGCAAACAAUCCUGAGGAUAGAGUGCGGUUGCCGCCUGUUUUAAUCCCUGACGGUACCGUUUACUUUGGGGAAUGGAAGAACAAUGUUUAUGACGGAACUGGCCAUUUGUUCUUGGUGAACGGUUCGCAGUACAUAGGCGGCUUUUGCAAUGGACAAUUUGAAGGACCCGGAGAGAUGCUCACGCUAAGUGGAGACCUGUAUAAGGGCAUGUACUCAGGAGGGAAGAGGCACGGCAAGGGCAUACUCCAGUUCAAAAACGGAGAUGUCUAUGAUGGAUCAUGGAGCUACGGUUCUAGACACGGAUACGGAGUGGAGAGGUUCAACGACGGAACCGUGUUUAUGGGCAACUUUAAGCACAAUAAGCGGUCGGGCCACGGAGAACUGAAAAAGUCGGACGGAACGCAUUACGAGGGGCACUUCAACAACAACAUGAUAACAGGCAUCGGAAAGAUGCAGUGGCCGCACGGAGAGACGUACACGGGAGGCUUUAGAAACGGCCUGAAACACGGACACGGAACGACGACCUGGAGGAGCGGAGACUUCAUCACGCACAAGGGCUACUACCGAGAGGGGAAGAUGUCAGGAAACUUUAAGAUAGUGAAGAGGGACGGAAGUGUGCAGGAGGCCUUCUACCAGAACGACGAGUUCGUGAGGAACCUCGAGUCCGACGAGAGGAAACCGAGUUAUUCGGGAAGGUUCUCAUCCAGGUCGUCCCAUGCGUUCUCAAGGUCCUCAACGAAGUUGACCAAUGACUCCGCUUCGAAGACCCCGCCGGGGUAUAAGAAGACGGCCUACGGCAGGGUUAACCACAGGGACUCCCACGAGUUCCCGGGCGCACACCCAGUGGAGCACAACGGCCACCCGCCUGCCCACCACUACGCCAACGAACACGGUAACCACAGUAACCACGGCAACCAUGGCAAUUAUGGGAACAAUGGCAACCAGAUCAGCAACGGUAGCCACCGUAGCCUCAGCAGCCAUAGCGACCAGAUGAGCAAUGGUGGCCAUGCCACCAACGGAAACCAGGUUGACCAAGGGAAUCAGGACAACCACGGGAACCAGGGCAGCCACCGCAGCCACGAGUUCGAGGCCGACGGCGACGGCGACCACGCCGGGUCCCACGUGCCGUACAGGAAGCCCAGGUUCACUCCUCGCGGGAGGCACACCGCCAGGCCCUUCAGAGCCCGCAGGGGUUCCUCCAGAUACACAACCUAA